GCUUUAGGUGAGGAUUCAGAAUGGGAGACAAGCCUAUCUGGGAGCAGAUUGGGUCCAGCUUCGUACAACAUUACUACCAGCUUUUUGAUGCAGACAGGACUCAGUUAGGAGCAAUAUAUAUUGAUGCGUCAUGCCUUACGUGGGAAGGACAGCAGUUCCAGGGCAAAGCUGCUAUUGUUGAAAAACUCUCUAGCCUCCCUUUCCAAAAAAUACAACACAGCAUCACAGCACAAGACCACCAGCCUACACCUGACAGCUGUAUACUCAGUAUGGUAGUGGGACAGCUUAAGGCAGAUGAUGACCAGGUUCUAGGCUUCCACCAAACCUUUUUGUUGAAAAGUUUUCAAGGUGCCUGGGUGUGCACCAACGAAGUCUUCAGGCUAGCCCUCCACAACGUUUAA